AUGAAGACUACUGCUAUCCCCUCUCGAAAGAGAGUAGCAUCCCCACCCGCAUCACCACCACCAACAAAUAAAUCGUGUAGAGACCCCACUUGGAUGCCGCAGAUUAGAGCUUGGAUGCAGGAGGAGGAUAUUGACUCGUGCUUCGAGGUAGGGGAGUCCUCUACCGCACCUACCCCUACCCCGUACACUCCAGUCGAGUAUGUUAUGUACUUCCUUGUACCACAGACCGCCCAUCACUCAGAUUGCUUAGGAGCAAUAGACUUUGAGAUCUUUCUUUUGAGGAUGACCCUAAGGCAUCUCACAGAGCGAGUAAAAUAUCUUAAGGAGGAGAGGGAUGUGAUGGAGAUGAGGAACCUACUUAUUCCGGACCAGCUGUAA